AUGCCAUACUUCCAACCCAAAAGAGAUUUCAUCGAGUGGCUGAAGCAACAGGCCCGCUCAAUUAGCUGGACGGCGAUUAUCAGCGGGCCAUUCUUCGAUCAGGCCUUGAAAAACACUUUCCAUGGCUAUCAGCCACCCAACGAAUUCUAUCUCCUCGAUGAGGGAGACACCCCUUACGGCACUACGAAUCUACACACCAUUGGCCAUGCGCUAUUCAAGAUUUUGUCUGACCCAAAGCAUUUCGGCGAUUCCGCAAAUCGAUACAUCAACAUCCAUUCCCAUAUGACUACCCAGCAAGAGGUCCUUGCAGCCUUAGAGAAGGCAUCAGGACAGCCUUUCAAGAUACACCGUCUGAGCAGUGACACGUUCUACGAUAAUAGCCUCCGCAGGUUUCACAAUGUGAAACCUGGCGAGCCGAAAAUUCUACUCGCUGAAAGAGACAUCAUUCAAUGUAUUACCUAUGGAAAAGGCAAGUUCAAGGGCUUAGGUGAUCCACGCGAUGAGAAUGAUUGGACUGAAAAGCUGGGCCUCCCUGCGGAAGACCUUCUUGAUGAUGUCAAAGCUGUACUUGAUGGCAUCAGGCCGGAGCGAGAUUGGAACCCAAGGGAAUAG